AUGCCCUCCUUAGCGUUCCUCGAACUCGAUGGCGCCCGUCACCACCACGCGCCGCCGCUGCCGCCGCUCGACUGUGUACGCUGUGCCGGCCUCAAGACUAGGCGGGUAAGGGCCCACCUCGAGCCAGCCCCAUCGCUCCCCGCUCCACUCCAGCACAGUGGUGGUGCCCUCGAUGCACCACAUGCGGCCGCGCACCACCAUAAAAACCGUAUCCUAGUGUUUUUCGCAAACCUAACUCACACUGUGCCGUUCGUCGGCCCGGCCCCGUGCACCGGCCUCGCGGCGCUUGCCCGCAAGUACGGCUCCGUCAUGUAUCUGCGGAUGGGCACCUGCGGCGUGGUGGUGGCGUCGUCGCCGUCGGCCGCGCGCACGUUCCUCAAGGCGCUGGUCGCGUGGUUGGCGAACCGGCCGGCGGUGGCCAGCGCGGUGGACAUCACGUACGGGCGCCAGAACAGGGUGUUCGCCGACUACGGGCCCAAGUGGAAGCUGAUGCGGAAGCUGUCGAGCGUGCACCUCCUCGGGGCGCGCGCCGUCGCUGACUGGGCGGGCGUGCGCCGCGACGAGGCCGGCCGCGCCCUGCGCGGCAUGGCGGAGGCCGGGCGGGCCGUGGUGGUGCCGGAGGUGCUGGUGUGCGCGCUGGCCAACAUCGUGGGGCAGAUCACGGUGAGCAAGCGGGUGUUCGACGCGCAGGGGGGCGAGUCCAGCAGCUACAAGGAGAUGAUCGUGUCGCUGCUGACCGGCACGGGGAUGUUCAACAUCAGCGACUUCGUGCCGGCGCUGUCGUGGCUGGACCUGCAGGGGGUGCAGGACAGGCUGCGCCGGGUGCACCGCCAGUUCGACGGGCUCAUCAUCAUCACCAAGCUGCUGGCGGAGCACGCGGCGACGGCCGAGGAGCGCGCCCGGGAGGGCCGGCUCGACUUCGUGGACAGGCUCCGCGCCAGCAGCAAGGACGGCGACAAGGACGCCGACGGCGAGACCAUCACCGAGGUCAACAUCAAGGGCCUCAUCUUCGUAAGCUCCCACACUUUAUUCGCUCUGCCAUUUCUGAUUAAUUACCGGCCGCAUCAUCUAAUCGAACCACCCAAUGCAUGCAAUCGAGUGAGGCUGCUGUGGUGGUGGUGCAAUAUAAUUGUGGCGUCGGAGCAUAGCUAGUGGAGUGGUUGGAAAGAGAUGGAGACGAUUCCUACAGUCCCAAAAGUUUGAGAACUGGCUCUGUAACAACUCUCGAAAGUUUUUCUUUCUUUCUAAAUGGAGGUUUCCUCUUUUUAUAACCGUGUGCUAUGUGCAUCAACAAACGCAGGGGUCGGGACACCUCCU